CUAGCAUAGAGUGUAUGCGUAGCAAGGGGAGUACACCGAGCUCGACGACGAAAGUUUUCUUCUUAGCAGCUCCAGUUGUGGUGGUGCAUGCCGUCUCUACGACGUCCGUCUGUCGUUCCCUGCUGCAGUCCGCGGUGUUCUUGAGGUGUCCCUGAGCUGGCUGGGAAAGCAGUGGUUGUGGCGGUGAGUAGUCGACUGCUUGGCCGCCGUGCAUCAUGACCGCACCGGUGGGCACACUGGGCCAAGUGGCCGCCUACUUGGGAUCUUCGGAAGCUGCUUUCCGGCUUCUUCUCACAAUCCUGUCAGGCUACCCGCUGGCCCUGGUCCAUCGCAGUUUCCUGCUGGGCAAGAGUGCCAACGCGCAGCACUUGUACUUUGCUGCCUGUGGCCUGGUGCUCUGCUGCUUCAACUAUGGCCUGGCAGUGUACCACUCGCUGCUAAACAUCCUGGUGGUGUAUGCCGUGCUCAAACUGGCCGGUGGCACACGGGCGUCGGUCGCCUUCAGCUUCAUCUUCUGCAUGGGCUACCUGGUGCUGGGAUACUACCACACAGCUACCAAGGACUACGACAUCACAUGGACCAUGCCCCACUGCAUCCUCUCCCUGCGGCUCAUCGGCCUGGUGUUUGAUGUCUAUGACGGCACAAAGAACCCCGAGGCGCUGCCGCAUGACCAGAAGCGCACUGCCCUCGUCAAUGUGCCAACCUUUCUCGAGGUCAUGGGGCACUCCUACUUCUUUGGCGGGUUCCUCGUUGGCCCUCAGUUCCCCAUGAAGCGGUACCUGGACUUCACCCAGGGCAACUUCUUCCAUCGAAAAGCUGUCAAGCCCCCCUGCAUUGUGCCUGCGCUGUCUCGGCUGGCCCUCGGCAUGGGCUGCCUGCUGUUCAGCCUGAUUGGCUCGGGAUACCUGGACGAAAAGUUUAUGCUCUCAGAUGAGUUUGCGGCUCACGGUCCACCCAUGCGACUCCUGCUCAUGGGGAUGUGGCAGGUGGUCACGCUGCACAAGUACGUUGCCUGCUGGCUGCUUGCGGAAGGCAGUUGCAUCAUGGCGGGCUUGACGUACAAUGGCCGGGACGAGAAUGGCAAUGACCUCUGGAACGGCUGCGUCAACAUCUCUGUGUGGCGUUACGAGAUGGCCACCACAUUCGAUGACCUGAUUAAGUCCUUCAACAUCAACACCAACCUUUGGGUUGCACAGUACGUGUUCAAGCGUCUGCGCUUCCUGGGUAACAAGCAGCUGUCUCAACUGAGCGCCCUGUUCUUCUUGGCGUUGUGGCAUGGCCUGCACUCUGGCUACUACGUCUGCUUCUUUAACGAGUUCAUUGUGAUGAAGUUUGAGCGCGAUGCCCUCGAGGUGAUUGAGCGGCUGCCACGCCUCAAACAGCUCAUCUACCACCCAUACCUGCGACUGCCUCGCUUCCUCCUCCUCAAGGUCUACGUGCUGGCCAUGUUUGGAUACUGCAUCGUGCCCUUCGUGCUGCUCUCGCACCAGCGCUACAUUGAGGCAUACAGCCGAGUCUAUUGGAUUGGGCACAUCAUCUACCUGAGCUGGAUGCCCCUGUCAGUGGUUGUGAUGAAGGCUCUACCCAGGCCACCUCAACCACCUGCGAAGAGCAAGUGAUGCAACUCACUCGCGAGGCCCUGUUUUCUUCUUUUUUUGGGGGGGGAAGGUGUAGCUGAAUGUUAGCCUGUCAUAGAAAGGUUUGCCAGCAGUUUUGAAGCUUUGAGGAAGGAGGUAUGCAAAUCGGCACCACCAUUUGCAAAUAUGACACAUUUAAUCUUCGGACUUUUGUUGCUGGAUGCUAUGAAGUCACAGCAUAGCUCGUACCUGAACUGUGUACAACAGCCAGUGCUGUGCAUCAUUAGCUGGCUCUGAGCUUGCCUGUUGUUUUGUCCUGUUGCUGGGUUCAGGUGCAAACUGUGUUCUGACACAUCAAAUGGCACAUCAAUGCCAAGAUGUGCCAAUGCUGAGCAUGACUGUAAUGUGAACAAAUAGAUGUUGCUAUGCAUUGUGACGUCUUCAUCCUCAAGUGUGUUCAACAGUAGAGCAGCACAUUUGUGCUGAGACCGCUGGGGUCUCCUCACAUGAAGAUAUUGGGGGAUACUUUUUGUCCACUGCUGCAAGUUUGCAUGGUUGUGCUGUUGACAUUGUGUUGCUUUUUCUCUUGUUUCCUAUCGAGUGCCUUGGUUUGUGCCCCCUUCCUGGACCGCCACUUUUGAGGAUGGUCACGUGGACCAAAUUGCUUGUCUCACUAAAGGGCUGUGUUUGUACUCAGAGCUGUGGGUGUUGUCCAGGUGCCAUUGACUAUGGUAUGGACACACUUUCGUUUGAGGUGGCUGUCUUCUGUUCUCUGCUUAGGUGGAACUGCUGCACAUAUACUAGAGGGAGCUAGCUACUUAGGUCUUUUCAUUCAGGGAUUCAUAUGGGUGCAUCGUUUUAGGAAGUGUCUCAACUUUGGCUCAGCUCAAAGCAGCAGAUCCCCCUCUAAAGACAGCCGAGCUACUUUUGUCAUAGUGCACUAGAGUUGACCUCUUCUUAUUAAAGUCACUGUAAAUAGCAUCAAUAGCGUAGGGCUUUGUUGCAAUCUCCACGGAUUUGUGGCUCAGUCGGGAAGCCAUCCUUGAGCCGCAAGAUUGUAGAUGCCUUGUUAUAGCGUCAGCAGAUGGGUUCACUCUCAUUUUUGAGGGAUUGAGUGCUCUGUGAUGGUGGCAGCCUCUUCUUGCCUUGACUAGGUGAAUUUUGUCUCGCUCCAGGUGGUAGGAUAUUAUCGUGAUAGUAAUACCGAGACAAGCGUAGGUUCCAUUAAAUAAUUGUUUCACCACCAGGACAAUGUUUUCCUCAGGCCACUGUGGGAGGCAAACAUUUGUUUAUUAGAUCACACACACCCGGGUGCCAUUGUGGCAAGCCUUGCACAUCAUGCACUCCUGGUUCUAGUUUUUUUUUCUGAAACUGGCCUGGUAUGGUGAGACUCCUUCUGUGCUGCAAUAUGCUCCAUGCUUUCUGGCACCUUAUGUGCACAUGCAAUGUGUAAAGUUUGUACUUUGCGGCCAUGCAGUGCAGUGCAUCUGGCAGCUGGGCACUGAGUUGUGCCUCAGUGCCAAAAAUGUACAAGCUCUAAAACCUAUCAUUAUGCUGGAGUGCAAAGCAUUUUCUCAUUGAUAAUAAUGUUAAAGACAAGCUACUAAGUAGCACUGAGUUUGCUGAACCACUGGCAGCACGUUGCCCCAAUAUCAGCUUUUUGUUUCCUCUAGGGUUAAUAUUGCGAUAGGCCUUUUUAGCUGAUUUGUGUGAGUGAAAUGUGCUGAUGCUAGUUUGGACUGAACCAAUGUGUAGUGAAAAUUUCAAAGCAGUCCUGUCCAUUUGAUAAGUUUAGCCAUGUAAAGCAUUGUCCUGCCUUCUUCAGAGCUUGCUGUAUGGCCUGGCAGAUUUUUCCAAGAAAUAGCCUGUUGGUCAUUUCGUGCAUAGACAAUGAAGCAAGACAUGUUGAUGCUUCUUCACUGAUGAAGCUUCGGCACCCCUUGCAGGUGACAUGCAAUAGAAAGGCAUUAAGUUUUGUUUAAACAAUAUGCCUAUGCAAGUAUAGUGCAAAAGGAUCACAUUGUUGCACUGGCACUUGGUGACUGGCUGUGAAGCCCAGACAGCUUUUGAGUCAAUGCUACACAUUAUUUGCUCUUUCUCGCUUUCAGUAUUCUGUGUGGUGGGAUUCAAAAUUUGCUGGCACUCGCUAUUGUUUUUGGCAUUUGUGUGGUUGCAAUUUUAAUGGCACUAGAGUUGGCAGUGUAGUGCAGGUGAAUGCCAGCUUGCCAGUGCCACCACACGCAGGAUACACUUGGUGCUGUGGCAACUGGUGGUGGCAUCCAUUUUCUUCACGCAUGUCGAACAGCAUGCAUUGCUGGAGUAUGCUGAAGGUGUUCCUGCUGUAUUAGUUUAACUUUGAUGUAGAUGCAGUUGGUUUCCCACGAUCAUAUUCCUUCUCUUGUGCAGUAUUACACAGCAUACAUGAAGGUGCCUUAAUAAAUAAUAAAAGUUUUGUUUUGACUUGUG